AUGACCCGAGGAGCCGUCCUGGUAGUAGCAGUGCUACAGCUGUGGUUGGCCUGUUUGGCCCAUGCAGCAGACUAUUACAAGUUACUGGGCAUAUCUCGUGAUGCUACACCCAAGGAAAUUAAGAAGGCGUACCGUCAGGCAUCCCUCAAGUUCCAUCCUGAUAAAAACAAGGAAGAGGGAGCUGCCGAGAAGUUUGCCGAAAUUGCCCAUGCCUAUGAAGUCUUAUCAGAUGAUGAAAAGAAGGAAAUCUACGAUCGACAUGGAGAGGAAGGAUUGAAACAACAUGAGCAACGUGGUGGUGGCGGUGGAGGGGGAUUUGAUCCCUUUGAACAAUUUUUUGGCGGAUUUGGUGGACGUCGCCAACAGGACGAGGAACAGCGAACACCAUCUGUCGAGAUUCCUCUUCAUGUCACACUCAAACAAUUGUACUUGGGAGAACAAAUUGAGGUCGAGUAUCAUCGCCAAACUCUCUGUCUCAACUGGGAAAUGUGUAUGAAGACAAAUAAUGAAUGUUCGGGUCCGGGAGUGCGGGUUAUACGGCAGCAAUUAGCACCUGGAUUUGUUCAGCAGGUUCAACAACGAGAUGAACGAUGCAUUGCCAGAGGGAAAAUGUGGCACAAAAACUGCAAAGAAUGCCCUCAAAAGACUCAAACCGAAAAAAUUGAUCUGACUAUUGAUAUCCAACCGGGCUACAGAGUGGGCGAACACAUCACGUUUGAAGAAGUCACUGAUGAAAAGCCUGGGCACAAAGCUGGUGAUUUGCGAUUCGUCAUUGUGGAAGAGCCUCAUUCAACCUACCAUCGGGACAAGGACAAUCUGUACAUGACACUCGAAAUUCCUCUGGUGGACGCUUUGAUCGGAUUCUCAAUGACAUUGAAACAAUUGGAUGAUACCCCCUUUACCAUCACUGUGGAUGAUGUGAUUGACUGUGACCAUGUCAUGAGAGUGCCUGGAAAGGGUAUGCCAAGGAGGAAUGGCCGUGGCUUUGGGGACUUGUAUAUCACCUUUGAAGUGGACUUUCCAGUAGAUUUGACGGAGAAACAAAAGGAUGCCAUUGCCAAAAUCUUGGGGACAUCCUCAGGCGACGGCAAGGGAGAUGAACUGUAG